GCUAUUUUCACCCAAACUGGCGAAUUUGGCGAUAGGUGGCGAAAUUAUUAGUUUCUGUAGCAAUUGUUCGUAGCAAGUUUCGUGGAACCUCUCCCACCCUGUACUUAAUCACCAAAAGUUUGUGAACUUUGGUCAGGUGUCAGAGGGGUGACUUAACUUACGACCUUUAUGUAAACACUUGUCUAUCUGGUACCCACUUUCUCUGCUGCCCUCAAACAGAUUAGAUGUAGAAAUAAACUCUCCCUUUUUGUUAACGUUAAUUUUGGUUGUGUGAAUCAUUUUAUAGUCUCCCAACAGUUUCCCAUGUGCUUCGUGCAAAAAUGUCUAGAAAACAGUUAAUUGAGUUUAAAAUUGAUUCCGUAAUUAAGGAAUUAGGUGACAAUAUAUUUCGCCGUACCAAAAAAACAAUUCUCUAUAUUAAGUGCUCUACAUACGUCAACUAUGAACGUGAUACAAUUAAGAAACGACUUUCGGAACAUCUCAACAGUGCAAAACGCAAGAAACAUAACACGCUACAGUCGCAAACAUUGUUGUUUGAAAAUGGAAAUGAUUUUGAUAAAGAAAUGGUUGAAGCAUUCACCAGUGCAGAUAUUCUGCUUGAAAAAUUAAAUAACGAAAAACUGAGAUUGUUUCUCGAGAAAUAUAUGAAGAAGCUGAUCAAAAGUGUUCCAGCACUGUGGGCACAUCAAAAAUUAUCUUCAACUCAGUAACAGAAGAAAUUAAGGACAAAAUUAAUGGACAUGAUGUCUAUUUCAUUGUUGACGAAACUAGUGACAAAGUGCAAUGUAAAGUGGUCAACAUGCUUGUAGGAAAAUUGAAUGGUGAGAAAGCAAAAUCAAUGUUAAUUGAUGUGACAUUUCACUCAAUAGUUGACAACAUUAUAAUACAAGAAUGUAUACUCAAUGUGUCUAGAAAAUUGUGGCCAAAUGAUUUAAAAUAUUCAAAACUGAAGUUAAUAGUGACAGAUCGAGCAAAAUACAUGAUGAAGGCAGUAAGUGAGAUUAAGAAAAAUUCAUUGAUUUUUUCAAAUGUACAUCACGUCACGUGUCUCGCUCACGCCUUACAUAACGUUGCAUUUAGGAUUCAGAAUGAGUACAAAUUAACAAAUUCGCUUAUAUUAGAAAUGAAUAAGUUUUUUGUGAAGUCAAGAGAAAGAGAAAAUGAUUUUAAGAAUGCAACUGGAGUUAGUAAUCUUCCUCCAGAACCAAUUAUCACUC